GGCGGCGAGGCGACAGAGAGGAGAAAAGACGGGAGCCUUCUUUAUUAGAGCGCUUCCUUUGAAAUCUUCGAAAGAUCCUGCACAGAGAAAGGCAGCUUGCCCAGCUGCUUGCCCAAAGCUAGCUACGUAGCUGGCUUCAUCAAAUUUGAGUCUUUCUGUCAUUAGCCCGGCUCUAGCUAGGUUAUGCUCUUCACUUCAAGUUCUCACAAACCACAAACCAAUUCGAAGCCGACAAAUUGAACAAGCUCCUGCUUGCUCUACCACUAUAAAAACCCUUUAACCUUUCAUCAAGAUGAGCCACAAGACUUCCUCCAAAGAUUCUGCCUCCUCACGAUGGUGUGAUGACGGAAGUGAAUCUUCCCAUGACAGCAUUGCACUCUCCGACAACGGCACGCAACAACGGCAACGAUCGGAAAGCGCUUCCCUGGCAAGAACGACCUCCGGCGCCAUCCUCCAUGUGGCCUUGCUGCUGCUCCUUGGCCAAAUCAUUCCUUUGGCCAAUGCCGCAACGCCCGUGUCCGCGGGGACGGCAGCGAUCACCUCCUACAAGGAUGUCUACACGGUGGGCGUCUUGGCCAAUCGGGGCAUUGAGACUGCCUACAAUGACUUUAACACCACCUUUCACUCGUACUUGACUGCCACGGCGGGACAAGCGUUGGGUGGCGUCCGCUUUGAGAUGCGUCCCGUCAAGUUCAAGACCAUCUUCCAAGAUGCCCUCACGGUGGACUUUGUCUACUCCAAUCCCAGUGCUUACAGUUGCAUUGAGAGUGAGUUUGGAGCCCAGCCCUUGGCCAGUCAAGUGUCCCGUCGCAAGAUUGGCGGUCAUGUCUAUGACUUGCCCAUGUUUGGGGGGCUCAUCCUGGUGCGAGCGGACAAUGACCAAAUCAACUCCAUUACCGACCUCAGAGACAAGAUUGUGGCUUGCAUUUCCGUCAAUGGUCUGGGAGCUGCACAGAUGCAGUUUCGGGAAAUGGAGCUGGCUGGACUCAACCAAUUCACCGACUUGAAACAGUUGGUCUUUACGUCCAAUCAAGGCAAGAUAGUCAACGGUGUACUCAGUGGACAGUUUGAUGUGGGCUUUGUCAGGACCGAUCAAGUGGAACGCACCAAAGAUGCCGAUGGGAACCUCGUGGAUCCAGCCCUCUUCAAGAUCAUUGACCCCAAGGCCAAUCUGACGAUUGAUGGCGUGCCAUUCCCCUUUGAAGCUUCCACGCCGUUGUACCCCGAAUGGAACUUCGCGGCCAAUGCUCACGUCCCACCAAGUGUCUCGGAACAAGUCCAACGUGCCAUGUUGGAAAUGGACGACCAUGCCAGUCACUACCAGAAAUGGAUCGACUGCGGCGACAACAACAGUACCGCCGAUGACUGCUACAGUCAACUCAAGCUCGAAAUGAAAUCCACCACCUGGGAUGAGUUUCUCGAGAAUGUCAACUUGGGCGAACUCGCCACCGAAGCCAUGGAACGGGGUCGCUUUGCCAAGUGGCGGACGACCCUGUCGUACAUGCAGCUCCGGUCCAUGCAAGAAGCAACGGGUUUUAUCGGACUCGACCCGGAGACCAACAAGUGGCGGUGCGUGAGAACCACCGAACUCUACGAUGCCGUGACGUGCCCCAAAGGCUACGACAAAAAGUCCAAAGAACUCGUCGAACAAGGAUGUCAGCUGGAGGGACUCUCGUGCGACGACGAAUACAAUUGCCUCUGUAGUCCCUGUGAGAAACCGCUGGUGUGCGAAAACAACUUUGUCAAGUGGGGCAAUCAAUGUGUCUCGAUUGGCUGGGUCGUGGCCAUGGUGCUGGCACCCAUCAUCCUAUUGAUAAUUGUGGCCGUCAAGUGGUAUGUCAAUGAGAAACGAAGGGCGGCGGAUUCCGUUUGGACGGUGGAAGCCAAGGAACUCCAGUUUGGACAUCCUCCGGUGGUGCUGGGGGAGGGAUCCUUUGGAAGAGUCUUGUUGGCAGACUACCGAGGAACCAAAGUGGCGGUAAAGAGAAUUGGUGGCAAGAAGAGAGCUGCCUCGACCAGUACAGACAAUAUGUCUGAUGUCACAAGCGGCAAUGGUAGCCAUGGCGCAGUUGAGAUUCCCUAUGGUGCUGAGAGUUGCACGACCGAUGUCAAGGAAAGCUUCUUGCAAGAGUACAAUGAUACCCCUCGUGACGUGGUUGUGAAGGACCACGACAUGGCAUCGAUUGAUUCCUCAGACCAAGACAGAGUCAUCGUCUCCCGACAAAACAGGCAGAGUACACGCUGGUCGCCCGCUGCACACUUUGGCAGCCAUGGUAUGGCAACGUCGACAGUCAGGGCCGACUUUGUCCGUGAAAUGCGCCUCCUUUCAAAGCUGAGACAUCCCUGCAUUACGACUGUAAUGGGGGCCGUGAUCUCUCCAUUUGAUGAUCCCAUGUUGAUUAUGGAGUGGAUGGCUAAUGGUUCGCUCUAUGACGUGCUGAGAAGUGAAACAGUGAACUUGGAAUCCCAUCACUAUCAUUCUAUCAUCAUCGAUAUCAUUCAAGGAAUCAGAUACCUUCACUCAGCCAGUCCUCAAAUAGUGCAUGGGGACUUGAAGUCCAAGAACGUGCUCAUCUCAUCCACAUUCAGAGUAUCCAUUUGCGAUUUCGGUCUGAGCCACAAGGCAAAGAACAGUAUCGUUGGUACGAAGUUUUGCCUUGCACCGGAGCUGCUGAGAGGCGAUUCGUGUAAUACGGCUGCAAGUGACGUUUUUAGCUUUGCCGUGGUGCUCAACGAGAUCUAUAGCGAAAAGGAUCCAUACGAAGGAGAAACGCUGGAGGAACAAGAACUCCUAGGAAUGAUUGCCAACCCUGCUAUCAACAAGCGGCCCCGCAUCGUCUCCACUUGCCCCAAAGAAGCUGUGAAACUCAUCAAGCAGUGUUGGGCGGCGGAUCCAGCGGGCCGUCCCACAGCAGAGGAUAUUGAUCUGCACGUCAAGCUGUUGGACUCUACAGAGUUUGCACCCAUCGGACACAAGACGAAGAAACAAGUGCUCUACGACGUCUUUCCCCGCCAUAUAGCUGAUGCCCUGUCAAAAGGAAAGCCAGUGGAACCUGAGUGGCAUGAGAGCAUCGCAAUAUUCUUCAGUGACAUCCGAGGCUUCACCACCAUAGCAUCUACCUUCAGUCCAAUCAAAGUUUCCAGCCUCCUGGAUCGUCUCUACAAGGCAUUCGACGAUCUAUCGAUCAAACAUGACAUCUUCAAGAUUGAAACCACGGGCGACGCUUACAUGGCCGUUAGCAAUCUCGUCAAGGAUCAGGCCGACGAUUACGUACGACGAGUGGCAGCGUUUGCAUUGGAUGCCGUCGAAGCGGCUAAUCGGACAUUGGUCGACCUCGAUGAUCCGAGCCGAGGCUACGUCAAUAUCCGUGUGGGUUUUCAUGUCGGCUCGGUGGUUUCCAACGUUGUAGGGAAUUUGAACCCAAAGUACGGGAUUUUUGGAGAUGCAGUGAACACAUCUGCUCGUAUGGAAUCCACUUCGGAAGCAGGGCGCGUCCAGUGCUCGGAGCCAGCAGCAGAGCUAUUGCGCAAACAGGCUCCCUCAUCUUUCACGCUGACUCCUAGGGGCACAAUCGACGUAAAAGGGAAGGGAACAAUGACUACAUAUUGGAUUUCACACAUUGAUGCUGACAGAGGCGCCCCACUAGCAGAGCAAGCCCCCGAGAUACCAGCCCCUCUUAACGGCAUGAAUUUCACGAAGCCUCUUGGCAGCAUGAAUUACCCAACGACACCGGACAACUUGGAAGACGAUGGUCUAUCCGUGUAGCGGCGGGUUUUGAACUUUGCCACAUUACUUGCCUCGGAACUCAGAGAGCUGCUUUCCGAUCCCAAACUUUCAUCCAACUUCCAGCAAUUCGGGGCAAGGGCAAACACAGAGCAAGGUCGAUUUUCGGUCAACGCGUCUACGCUGCAGUUCGAUCAGAGAGUCGAGUCGCCUUCUUGAAGACUAGAGCUGGCUAGCUGCUAAUUCAUAUUCAUGUAUUCUAUUUCGACACUUUACUAAAGCCACUUGCCAACUUUUGA